CGGGUCCUGCCAGAAGAGGAUGAGAGAGGCGCGUGGGCGGGAACUAGACCCUGGCUGGAGUAGAGCAUCCCUGACCGCGGCUCGGCUAACGGCUAGAAAAGCGUCUCCAGGCUGAUGCUGAGUCAGGUACAGGUGGAGUCACAUCCUGUUUGGCUUGGACCCUCCAGAAAUCAUGGAGGAGCUGGAACAUACCUGUCCACUGCCACGAACGACUCUUAUAGAACCAGCCAUAUUUACCCAGGAGACGAGCUGUGAGUGUCGGGCUCCACAUGAGAAGCUGUCUGUAGAGCAAGCUCGACUUGGAACGCCUGUGGACCGGCCGGUGCGAAUCUAUGCAGAUGGCAUCUUCGAUCUUUUUCAUUCUGGUCACGCUCGUGCCCUGAUGCAGGCUAAGAAUCUGUUCCCUAACGCCUACCUUAUCGUUGGAGUAUGUAGUGAUGAACUCACUCACAAGUACAAGGGCUUCACCGUAAUGACAGAAGAUGAGCGGUACGAGGCAUUGAGACAUUGCCGCUACGUUGAUGAGGUUUUGCGCGAUGCGCCCUGGACUCUGACCCAAGAGUUUUUAGAAAAACACAAGAUUGACUUUGUGGCGCAUGACGACAUCCCAUACUCCUCUGCUGGAUCUGAGGACGUGUACCAGCAUAUUAAGGAGGCAGGUAUGUUUGUGCCCACUAAAAGGACAGAAGGGAUCUCAACGUCUGACCUGAUCACCCGGAUAGUGAGAGACUAUGACGUGUACGCUAGACGCAACUUGCAGAGGGGCUACACCGCUAAAGAACUGAACGUCAGUUAUAUUAAUAAGCAAAUGCUUCAGGAACGUAGUGGACGUAUGAUCCAGGCGUUCUCUCCACGCUGCUCACCCAGCAACAGCCCACCAAGGGACUAUUCCCCAUCACGCUCUCCGUCACCUCCAUCCUGCUGGGCCAUGCCCAGAACCUCACCGCCCACGUCCCCGAAGGGUGCCUCGGCCUCCAUCAGCAGCAUGAGCGAGGGUGACGAGGACGAGAAGUGA